CAUAUACACACCGAGCGGCGGAGGCGCGUGCGGACGCCGCCGGUAUUCCCCUGUUGGUAGAAUAAAAGCCAGCGAGUGCUGUUACCGCCAGGGGAUUGGAGCAAUGACUUGUCAGUAAAGUCACCCACCCUCUGAGUAUCUCAGACAGAGUUAGAAGUGUUUGAGACACAGAGCAAGCCGGCGAGACACUGGUAUAACUGAUUUAACCAGACCGGGACAGAACGACACUCACGUGCGAGGGAGAUGGAGGAGGAGAUGCUACCGGCAGACGAAGGUCUCUCUGCGCCCAAAAUCUGCAGGCAGCAGCAGCAGCGGAGUCCGUACAGCUCUCUCAAGACCUUCCCGAGCAAACGCGCGGCGGGCAAAGCGAGAUACGACAGACCCACAAUGGUGGACAUCCCGCAGCUCGGAGACCAUCCUCAAGCUCUCAGUCAUCAGCAGCAGCAGUAUUCACAGCGCGUACCGCUUCCGCAAGCGUCCCUCUCCAUCAGCAGCAGUCAGCAGCACCGUUUCCCCUGCGAAAUCAGGCCCAGCAGCAGAGUCGCGACACCCAGCGCGGCAUCAGCGGGGAGCGCCGCAGCGGCAUCUUUUGGCAGCCAGAGGAGGGUCGCCCAUCAGGAGACACCCGGCAGAUACCCGGCGGGUCGCCACCAGUCUCCAGACUGCACCUAUGGAAUAAGCUCAGGUAAGUGA